AUGAAGGCCAGCGCCGUCGCCUAUCUCCUCACCUGCCUCGUCGGCACCGCCCUGGCAGUGCCAGCCGGCGAUCAGGCCUGGGGACCAGACAAGCGAGAAAUCACCGAGCCCAGCCACUCGCUCAACGCUAGGCGCACUGAAGACAUCGCCAGCGUGAGCAAUGCCAACGCUGCGACCAAUGGAGCUGCUGAUCAGGCUACCGUCGAGGUCAGGGAUCCCAAGAAGAAGAAGAAGAAGAAGAAGGGCAAGAAAGGCGCCAAGAAAGCCAACGCCGCCCAGGCAGCUGGCGCAAAGGCAGCCAAGCGCGAGCUCUCUGGUGAAGACGAGGGCUCCCUUCAGGCCAGGGACCCCAAGAAGAAGGGCAAGAAGGGCGCCAAGAAAGCCAAGAAAGCCAACGCCGCCUAG